GCCGUACCAGGGCAUUUGGGGGCAAAGUAAAGCGGUACUACAGUCGACAAAUAAUUCGUAGCAGUUUUAUGUAGAGCUAAAUAAUUAAUAGUGAAUUCCCAACCGUGCUUUUAUUGUUCGUAAUUAGUCACAUAGCAAAACACUUAUGUCCAAUGGCAUCUUCACGUUGUCCGUCUCAUACUGUAAGUGUCCACAUUUUUAUCCGAGAAAGAUCAGCCACCUUAGUAAUUAUCAGUAUACGGUUGUGUAGAUUGUUGACUUUAAAUUGAGAUCAUGAACCUAUCAAUGUUAAACCACCAUUGAAAAACUCGAAGCAUUGGACGGCUGUUUUGUCCUAGUAUAAGACGUGGAUUGGUUAGUUAAACACCAACAUCGUUAGGUGCCGGCCCAAUGGUUUAAAGUUUAAGCGUUAACGCGAGACCGAAGAUCCUGAAUUCGAGACCGCGUGUCGGACUUGAGGUGCGCGCUGCUGAGAGGUCCCACACUAGGACGAAACAGCGGUCCAGCACUCUCAGGUUUUCAAUGGUGGUCUAACAUUCGUCGGUUCGUGAUCUCAAUUAAAAAUACCUUAAUAAUGACGAUUUUGCAAGUCGAAAAUUUUAAGUAGUAUAGUCAUAAAGAGUAGUUUGUUUAUAAUUCUUUCUAAAGUUUUAUUGUGACCAUUACCAUAAAAAAAUAUUUAAUUUCAAAGACUUUCAAGAUAACCAACAAAUGGAAGUGGAUAUUAAUGUUGAUGUCAGCAAUGUGACCCCUGGAACAGGCUCUGCAUCAGUGCUCUUACAUCCACUUGUUAUUUUAAAUAUAUCUGAACACUGGACGCGUAACAAAGUGAAGGAAAAUUCUAUAGCUGUUACAGUGUAUGGAGCUUUGCUUGGGAAACAAGAAGGUCACCAUGUUGAAAUAUCAAAUUCCUUUGAGUUAUUACUUGAUGAACCACACAUGUCAGUUAACUCUGAGUUUUACAGCACUCGUGAAUCUCAAUGCAAACAAGUUUAUCCAGAUUUAGACAUAGUUGGUUGGUAUACCACUGGUGGUGCUAUCAAUGAAAAAGAUGAGUUAUUCAACAGACAGAUGCUAGAACUUAAUGAAUCUCUCCUCAUAUUAAAAUUAGACCCUCUACAAACAUGUGGAGAGAACCUGCCAAUCGGGGUUUAUGAGUCAGUAGUGGAUAACGAUGGGAGAGUUCACUUUAGACAGGUACUAUAUACUUUAGCAACUGAUGAAGCAGAACGUAUUGGUAUCGAUUAUGUUGCACGUAUUUCAAUGUCAUCUACUGAUCAGACUUCAUCAAUGACUGCGGAACAUUUACUAGGAAAUUAUCAGGCCAUUCAAAUGUUAAGCAGUCGCCUUCAGCUAAUAAGAUCUUAUGUCGCAGCUGUUGCAGCAGGAGAAUUACCACCGAAUAGAGCACGACUGAGGGAGAUCAAUGCUUUAGUUAAACGAAUCCCUUUCAUGCCUCCUUCAGCAGCCGAACAAAAUGACAAUUUGUACCGUCAAGCCAAUGAUGUAUGUCUGACAGCAUUGCUUGCCAGCAUAACUCAAGGUUUACAUACACUCUACGGUUGUAUGAUCAAAACAUCUCACGUUAUAGAUCGCCGAUCUAUUCCUUUGAGUGUGGGAAGUGGAAUUAUGGACUCAGGUUCCAGCCGUUUUGCUAAAGUUUCCCACUCAAUGGGUAAUUCUAAUUGAGAAGGCAAAAUGUGUAUUUUGUGAAUAGAGUCAGCUUAUGUUAUAUAAACCGAGAAUAGAUUUCUGUAGUUGUACAUAUCGACGUCACAAUUUUCUUCGAUUCACAAUACUCAAGAACCAUUUGGAUAAAAUCAUAUAUUUGAUUGUACGUUGGCUUGUAUAUAAUCAUAUACUGUACUGUGGUAACUUGGACAAUUCUAUGGCCUUUUUGUUUUUGAUUCUGAUACAUAAUCUUUGUCACAGCAGAAAUUCAUCGUCAAUUCACUAUUUUACCAAUAAAUAAAGAUAAUGAAAACCAUAAAAUGUAAAUAUUAGCUAGAAUUUAAUUCCAUGUCCUAGUGGCUGAAAGUUAAGGGCUAAUAAUAGUCUCCAAAUAUCAGAGUUGGGCCAUCUAUUCGCAUAUUAGUUUGUUGUUAUUUCUAUUAAUAGUUUGAGCUGGCUUCUCACUUAUUUUCAAAAAGACUGAGUAAUACUAUGCUCAUCAUAGUGUUAACCAUGAAAUGAAUCUUUUCACUUAGAUUCAAAAUUCAUUUCUGUAACAAACAACUUUCUUAAUGUGUUUGAUUCUCACUAAUGGAUAAACUAAGUAAUCAACAAAUAUAAAUAAUUUCAAUGGUUGAGAUCAUGAGUCAUUUG